UCUCCGUUAGAGGAGCCCAGAUGGGGUGGACCCAGGGGUGGCCGCCCGGGGCCGAAGCUCCAGCCUCGCGUCCCCGGGCGCCGCCCCCGUGUCCCGCCCGCGCCACGCUCCGCCCCGGUCGCCUCUCGUCCCGCGUGGGAGCCGACCCGGCUCAGCCUGAUUUACGGCUCUGCUGAAAACCGCUCGCUCGGCUCCCGCACCAUCAGCACAGGCGGCUGCAGCGGCAGCAACAAGUCGGGACUUUCAGAGUGAUGCAACAGAGGACUUUUGAGGAAAGCCGGUACCGUUGGCAGGACUCGCUGGAGAAUGUCGCUGUGUGCCUGCCAUUCCGCUGCCCGAGGUGUGGGGACCAUACCAGGUUUAGAAGCUUGUCGUCCUUGAGGGCCCAUCUGGAAUUCAGUCACAGCUACGAGGAGCGGACCCUCCUGACGAAAUGCAGCCUCCUGCCGUCUCUCAAGGACCCAGAGCUAGUCAGGUGCGCAGAACUCCCGAAGCAGGGAAAACUGCUCCGGGGCCACGCAAAGGUGACCAAGCAGAAGCCAAGCUAUGUUAACUUGUACAGCAUCUCCCACGGGCACUCCAAGGACCCGAAGCCCUUUGAGAUGGUGGCAGAGAGGCCCGUGUCCUAUGUGCAGACCUACACGGCCGUGGACAUCCGGGCUGACUCUCUGGAAGCUCCUCGCUCGAGCCCCGGACUUCCCACCCCUGACACCAAAGCUGCUUUCGAGGCCCACGUCCGAGAAAAGUUCAAUCGCAUGGUAGAGGCGGUGGACAGGACCAUCGAGAAGAGAAUCGAUAAACUCACCAAAGAGUUGGCCCAGAAAACCGCCGAACUGUUGGAGGUCCGGGCAGCCUUCGUGCAGCUGACGCAGAAGAAGCAGGAAGUUCAGAGGCGAGAACGGGCCCUGAACAGACAGGUGGACGUGGCCGUGGAAAUGAUCGCCGUGCUGAAACAGCGCCUGACAGAAUCCGAGGAGGAGCUCCUGAGGAAAGAGGAAGAAGUUGUCACAUUCAACCAUUUCCUGGAAGCAGCUGCCGAGAAGGAGGUUCAAGGGAAAGCAAGGCUCCAGGACUUCAUUGAGAACCUGCUGCAGCGGGUAGAGUUGGCGGAAAAGCAGUUGGAGUACUAUCAAAGCCAGCAGGCCUCGGGCUUCAGCCGGGACGCUAGCGAGCACGUGCUCACAGACAUCUCAUCGAAUAGGAAGCCCAGAUGUCUAAUCCGAGGGCACCCACAUUCUGUGUGCAACCACCCAGAGCUGAGGGCCCAUUUCCAUCUAAGAGGGAGGAGCUACCUGAAGAAAGUCAAGGAUGAAAGAGCCGGGAUGCAGCCUGCCAAGGCCAUUCACGAACAGGCUGAGUCUCCGAGAGAAUUCUUCAGACCAGCUAAAAAGGGGGAGCAUCUGGGCCUGAGCCGGAAAGGCAACUUCAGGCCCAAAAUGGCGAAGAAAAAGCCUACAGCCAUCGUGAAUAUUAUCUAGAGCGUGGAUGGUUCAGAUGCAUCACCUUGGGGCUUGGGGAAUGAUGUUCCAGGGACCAACAGGGUUGUCCUUUGGGGCACAUUGCCAUAGGAAGACAUAGCAGAGCAAGGAACACAUAGGGACACCCUGAUUAACCAGAACUUAACAAAGGGGGUCUCCGAGAACCAAGAUUGUAUUUCAAUCUACCUUAAGUGCAAGCAAGGCAAAAACUAAGAAAUAAUUAAAGCAAAACUUGAAGCGCUUUUGUCCUCUAGUUCUUGUAAACAUGAAUUUGUAACUUCUAAAAUAAUUGGCCCAGUUUCUACCUGGGCUUCUAUGCAGUGGUCAUUAGUACUUGGGCCACUCAAGAUGCCGGGCUCUGAUGUCUGCUGCUCUCUGAAUUAUGAGGCAAGGAAUGGGACUGUGAAGUUCCUCUACUUCUUAAAAUAAUAUAUAUUAUUAUUGUUGUUGUUUAGAGACAGGGCAUUGUUCUGUUAUAUAGCCCUGGCUGGCUUGGAACUUGAUAUAUACCAGGCUGGCUUUGAACUUGCAGUAAUCCUCCUGCCUCUGCCUCCCGAGGGCUGGGACUGCAGGUGUGUGCCACCACACCCAGCUAGGGGGUGUAAAUCUGGUGAGAGCAGUGAAAUAAGAGGUUUUUUGUUCUUGUUUGUGUUUAGACACAACUUUGAUCCAUUUGAAAGUCUCUAUAAGAAAAGUUCCGGUUACCCUUGAGAGUUCUGGUUAAUCAAGACUUUAAUCUCCUGGGUGGCUUACCGGGAGGGUUCAGUUAGACCUCAGCUCUCACUUUGCCAGAUGGCCUUUAGGUUUGUUUGAUUCAGAUCUGGGGUCCUUCAGAGCAUAGUCGUUCCUAUUUGGGCACACCCUACCUGCCUCUUUGGCUAAGCACGCCACACCCUCAGAGCUGUCUGCCAGCCUCUGUCUAGAUAGCUGCUAAAACCCUUGGGGUCAGCAGCAUCACUGAUGUGGUACCCAAGUGCUUGAAGUGCCCGAGGAGAGCUCAUUCAGUGUGCCGGGAGCACCCUGGGCGUGCUGCAGGGACGCCCAGCUUCCGCUACCACCUGCUUUCCCGGAAGGACCACUGGCUUGCUAUCUGCUAACUGUGAGCGAGCAUGCCUUUCUCUUUGGUGUCUUCUUUCCCCACCCAGAAGCUCACUUCACCUCCUGUAGCUUCCAGGACUAACGUCCACGUUCCUACCUGUCAGCCACACACCUAGGGUGUUCAUGGUGUGCUGCAUUCUAUUGUAAUUUUAGGGAAAAAGAGGAUGUAUGUGGGAUCUGACCUUUGACACCAUCCUUCCCAGAUGGUAUCGUCCCCUUAAAAGAACUCUCCAGAAUCUCCUCUCUUUAAAUUCUCUUCUGGAGGGAAUUUUCAUAUUUUUCCUUAAACUGCACAGUACCAUCAGGUCUCCAGAGUGUACACAUGCUGACAUCCUUCCUAAAACAGGGAUAAUGUUGUCCAUGAUUAUAUAAAUAUAUAAAACAUACACAAUAUAUAUAUAUGUCAAGUAUAUUAAUAAUUUAUUUUUAAAUACUCAUGGAAAAAGUGUGUGCUUGUGGUGGGUGGCUUUAAAACUAUAUAGCUUUGUUUCUGUGAAUCGGAUUCUUUUGCUUUACCAGUUAAAACCGUAACCUAGGUAACACUAGUAGAAUUACUGUUGUGGCAACAAGCACCCGAGUGGCAUCCCGUUAAAACAUAGACACUAAAGCAGUGGCUUAGGAUGCCAGUGAACUGAAAAGGAGAGCUCAUCGUUUUCCGGUAUUUCGAGCCCGUCCUCAGGGGAAGGCUGGUGUCUGAGUCUCCAUUGACUUCUGACUGCUGGGGGCAGGAUCUUCUGUGUGGUGCCUAGGCGGACGCCAAGUAGGGGAAAGAACACAGCUGUAGGUAUCACUGUUGAGGCUGACGUUGUGGAAGUGGUGAGGUUAUCGUUUAUUUGGGGGAAGAAACCCCCUCCAUAGUUAUUUAGCAUUGGCGUUUAUGUCAUGGUUGCAUUUUAGCUUUCUCCACGCUGAAAAUGUGACUGGGUGAUUGUAUUAUUGCAUGGCCCCCUGUCCCGUAGUGUGUGCUCCACAGCGACUGCUUGGUUUCGAAGCUAGUGUAGCCAGAUUUGUUUCCCAUUUUAUUUAAACGAAUUCAUUUUUGGUGGGUUUUGUUUUUAACAUGCCUAGAAGGAAUGGCAGCCCUCUCUAACAGUGAUACACAUUCAUCUUUGAAAAGCACCAUCAUGUAUCUACUCUGUAGACGUUACACAAGAUAAAUAGCUUUGAGAUCUAAUUACUAAAUUAAAAAAAAUCUUUUAAGUUUCAACUGGAUUCUGACCCCCAUACAAGGAAAUGUACUAAGUUCAGUAGACUUCCUAGAGACAUAAAUCUGCUGUUGAAGUAUGGGAACUGGCUUACAGAACAGAUCAUUCACUCCACCAUGGCCAAGUUCCAUUUAUGUGUUAUUUUCAGAUUUUUUUUGUCCCCUGAGGCAAUCAACCUUAGAGUUGAGGCAGUGGCUUUCUGAAUAAAUCACCAAAGUUUUUGAGAAACCAUACUCAAGUUUUCACUAAAGUAGAAAUUGAAUUUUAUUAUUUAUUUUGGAAGGAGAAAGGAUCUGUUGAACUGUUCUUUCCUCUCAUCCCUCCCCCGCCCCCAAACUAAAACAGAUUCUUAUCUGUAAGUGUUGCUGGCUUGGAUGCUGUAUUCCAGUAUUCUGCAGGGCCAGUUAAUUGUAUAGAAGUUAGAAUAUUUCUGUUCCCAGGAUGGAAAAAA